UCUCGCUUCUUGGCAGCACAACUCGUCCCAAUGGGAAAGUUCACUUUUGCUCCAGAACGCUGCUUCUGCUGUGUGUUAAAUGCCACUGGAUAUCGUCACAGCCGAAGGACAUGUCAGAAAGUUCCUCAGGAGUGAACACAAGCAGUGACAGUCUCCCAAAAUCGCACACGUCUCACUGCUCCGAGCUCCGAGACACCCACACUCCUCUCUCGGUGGAACAGAGCCCAGACUCGGGCAUUGUUGCCACUCCACUGCCAUCUCACCGGUUUCGGUUCAUCUCGUGGCAUCGGCUGGAGGAGAGUGAUGUGCGCGGGGACCAGCUCGCCUGCCCCCGGGUCAGAGAGGCAGGGCCCACGGAGGAGGAGCUGUUUCUGAGAGGGGAGCAGAACGCGCUGCAGGCCGCCGAGGAGAGGCAGAGGAGCAGGAGGAGGAGGAGGAGGGAGGACGACGGACAGAAGUGGGAGGAGAGGCUGCAGGAGAACUGGGAGAACUGUGUGGAGCUGAACCUGUCCUACCAGGACUUGGGAGAUCCGUACCAGCUGGAGAACUUCACUCGGAUCCUGAGGCGGCUGAUCCGUGUUGAGAGGCUGCAGCUGGUGGACAACUCUCUCAGUGACCUGAGCUCUGUCCGUCUGCCAAGAUGCAAAUACCUGAAUUUGCACCGCAACCACUUGACGUCCAUCCGCCAGCUGCCAAAGAUGCCUCAGAUCCAGCACCUGUGCCUGUCGGAGAACGGCAUCGGGGCCCUGGGGGAGCUGGCCCUGCUGGGGGCCUCUCCGCUGCAGUCGCUGACGCUGCGCCGCAACCCCUGCCAGUUCCUGGAGGACUACCGGCCACGUGUUUUCUCCUGCUUGCCAAAACUCCGUGUUCUGGAUGGAAUCCCAAAGCUGCCAGAAGAUUCCGUGCCGUCUCCGAUGUCUGCAGCAUCGAGACUGUGCACCAUUUUGUGACACUCUAAGAUGUGAAUUCACUGUGAAAGGACAAAGACAAUGCUCCAUACCUAUUCAGGCAAAACCAAG